AAAGGAACGAAUAGGUCCCAGGCUGAAAGACAUAUGGGAGAGUGCUGGGAAGAGAGAAAAGGGCAGGGUACGGGUGAUCUUGUAAGGAAGAAGGCCAUGGCAUCUCCCAUGGUGAGAGAUGGAACAGUGUCAGAGGGGGAGCCUGAAGACGAGGAAGGGAAGAACCUGGAGAGGUGAGUAAGGAUGCUGUAUGGGGUUCAAUUCUCCGAGGAUUUUUCUAAGCAAGCGAGGCAGGUUGGAGCUGGAGUCUGAAGUGGUAGAAGAAUCACCGGCCUGCCAAAGGAGGUUGAGAUAUGAGAACAUGAAGCUCGAGAAACAGAAAUAACUUACCCAAGAUCACACGGGUUGUAGGCAUCAGAGUUUGGUGAAGGUGGGAUUGUAGGGGGAAGAGGAAGACCAAGUGACAAUGAUGGAGUCCAUUGAGGCAUCCUAAGAGAUGGCAGGAGCCAAGUGUGUUAGCCCAUAAAGGCACUCCCUAUUAAUGGAUCUGAUGUAAUGACUCUUUGAAGCUGCAAUAAAAAUCAUAUUCCACUAAGGAAUGACAGCCACAUAGAGUCCUGACUUAGCAAACCAAAUUCAACACUUUUUACGAGACUAGGAAUCCCGGAUAGUUAUCAGAAUUACAUACUAAUGAGAUUAACCUUCCAAAAUGGGACUAGAGUUUCCCAAGAGAAGACAAUUUGCCAACAUGCCAACACCCAACAGAAAGUGUAUAUAAGUACUCUCUGGAGGAAGGAUAAUUCAGAAGUUGGGCUAACUAAACUGCAGUUUUUUCCUCCUAACAUCAUGACUUCCCAAAUCUGCGCUCCAGCAUUCUCCACUGGAUCUUUCAGGGGAGUCUGUGGCACCAGUGGUGGCUUCUCUCGGAUCUCCUCUGUCCGCUCUGUGGGCUCUUGUAGGGUUCCGAGUAUUUCCUGUGGUGGUGGGUCAGUCUCCUCUCUUAAGCUGGGCUCCUGUGGCCUGGGGAGCUAUCUGCCCAACACCUACCUGUCCAAUGGAUACUACACCUCUGGCUUUGGUGGGAAUAGCUUUUGGGCUGGUGAUGGGGUUUUCAAUGGCAAUGAGAAGGAGACUAUGCAAUUCUUGAAUGACCGCCUGGCCAACUACCUGGAGAAGGUGCGCCAAUUGGAGAGGGAAAACUCAGAUCUGGAGAAGAAGAUCCGGGAGUGGUAUGAGUCUCAGAUCCCAUAUAUCUGCCCGGAUUAUCAGUCCUACUUCAAGACCAUUGAGGAUCUCCAGCAGAAGAUCCUGUUGACCAAGGCUGAAAAUUCCAGGCUGGUUCUGCAGAUUGAUAAUGCCAAACUGGCUGCUGAUGAUUUCAGAACUAAGUAUGAGACUGAGCUGUCCCUGCGCCAGCUGGUAGAGGCUGACAUCAACGGCCUUCGCAGGAUCCUAGAUGAGCUGACCCUGUUCAAGGCUGACCUGGAGAUGCAGCUUGAGUCCCUGAAGGAGGAGCUGCUCUGUCUUAAGAAGAACCAUGAGGAGGAAGUCAGCAUUCUUCGAAGUCAGCUUGGAGACCGGCUCAAUGUUGAGGUGGACGCCGCCCCACCUGUGGACCUCAACAAGAUCUUGAAUGAUGUGAGAUGCCAAUAUGAGGCCCUGGUGGAAAAUAAUCGCAGAGAUGUGGAGAACUGGUUCACCACCCAGACAGAGGAAUUGAACCAACAAGUGGUGUCCAGUUCUGAACAGCUCCAGUGCUGCCAGACAGAGAUCAUUGAGCUGAAACGCAAUGUCAACGCCCUGGAGAUUGAGCUGCAGACCCAGCACAGCAUGCGAAAUUCCCUGGAAUCCACUCUGGCAGAAACAGAGGCCCGUUAUGGUUCCCAGCUGGCCCAGCUACAGUGCAUGAUCGGCAAUGUGGAGGCUCAGCUGGCAGAGAUCCGCUGUGACCUAGAGCGGCAGAACCAGGAGUAUCAGGUCCUCCUGGAUGUCAAGGCCCGGCUGGAGUCAGAGAUUGCCACAUACCGCCGUCUACUGGAAGGAGAAGACUGCAAGCUUCCUGCCCACCCCUGUGCCACAGAGUACAAGCCCUUGCUCCGUGUGCCCUGUCCCCCAAGCAUCCCCUGUAACACGGGCUCCCAGGUCAGCACCCAGAUCCGCACGAUCACCGAGGAGAUCAAAGAUGGCAAAGUCAUUUCUUCCAGAGAGCAUGUCCAGCAGCGGCCCUUGUAAGCAUCCCUGCUGUCUCAGCCUGGCACAGAGCAGGGAGGAAACCUCAAAUUCAUCAUGCUGCUGAAACUCUGUCCAAUGAAACCAUUAUCCAAGGGGGUCUGUCCCAAGUCCAGCAACUUAUUUUUUUUUUUUCCUCAUAAGAUGUCUCUUCUAUCAUGUUUCCAGCUUUGGCAUCUUUUCAACUGUAAGCAAGCUCCU